CGUCACAUGGCCAGUCCAGUGCACAGCUGACCAUCCAUUCAAUGCUACGCAGCUUUCCAGCAGCUAUAUAACGCGCUAGCCGGCUGCAGACAUUGGAGACCCAAGCUUCUUCUUCAGUAAGCUCGUAGCCAGCCAGCCAGCCUAGCCAUGGGGAGAAGGGGGAGUGGAGUGAUGGGGAGCAAGGCUGUGGCGCUUGCGCUGCUGCUCUGCCUGAGCAGCGCGGCGGUGGGCGCAUGGGCGAGGCCCGUCGCGAACAAGGGGAAGCACGCCGCCGACGAGAAGUUCCUGUUGCUGAAGAAGCACUUCGGCAAGGGACUUGGAGGUGGCCUUGGGAAGGGUGGUGGGCUCGGUGGAGGUGGCGGUGGCGGCUACGGUGGUGGAGGAGGGCUCGGUGGCGGUGGCGGCUACGGUGGUGGUGGAGGACUAGGUGGUGGGGCUGGCCAUGGUGUCGGUGGAGGUCUUGGUGGUGGGUUUGGCAAAGGAGGAGGGCUUGGCGGCGGGUUUGGUAAGGGUGCUGGACUCGGCGGUGGUAUUGGUAAAGGUGGUGGUCUUGGUGGUGGAAUAGGCCAUGGCAUUGGUGGUGGUUUUGGUAAAGGUGGAGGUCUUGGUGGUGGAAUCGGCAAUGGCGGGGGUAUUGGGGAAGGUGGUGGUCUUGGUGGUGGAAUAGGCCAUGGCCUUAGCGGUGGUAUCGGCAAAGGUGGCGGCCUUGGUGGUGGUAUCGGCAAAGGUGGAGGCCUUGGCGGUGGUUUUGGUAAAGGUGGAGGUCUUGGUGGAGGCAUCGGUAAAGGUGGUGGAAUAGGCCAUGGCAUCGGUGGAGGACUUGGCGGCGGCAUCGGCAAAGGCGGAGGACUCGGUGGUGGAUUUGGUAAGGGUGGAGGUCUUGGUGGCGGCAUUGGCAAAGGCGAAGGACUCAGUGGUGGAUUUGGUAAGGGUGGAGGUCUUGGCGGCGGCAUCGGCAAAGGCGGAGGACUUGGUGGUGGAUUUGGUAAGGGUGGAGGUCUUGGCGGCGGCAUCGGCAAAGGUGGCGGUCUUGGUGGAGGAAUAGGCCACGGCAUCGGCGGUGGUUUCGGUAAAGGUGGAGGUCUUGGCGGAGGCAUUGGCAACGGUGGAGGACUCGGUGGUGGUGCCGGUGGCGGGUAUGGCAAUGGUGGUGGUCUCGGAAAUGGCGGCGGGCUCGGAGGCGGCAUCAGCCAUGGACUCGGUGGUGGCAUCGGAAAGGGUGGGGGUCUCGGUGGCGGCUUUGGCAAAGGUGCUGGACUAGGCGGCGGCUUUGGCGGUGGAGGCGGCGGAGGUGGUGGUGGCGGUGGUGGCGGCGGAGGCUUUGGCAAGGGAGGUGGGUUUGGUUUCGGGAUCGGCAAAGGUGGCGGUGGCGGGAUCGGCGGCGGCCACUGAUGUUGUAGUAUGUACGUUUGGCUCAGCUCUGUUCUGCUGAGCGCCGUUGGUCAUCAUAGUAUUCUGUCGAUGUGAGCAGUACGUGUGAUGAAAGAGAUUUUCCCUUGUAGAAACUCACCCCCAGCAUUUUCGUGUGUCUCGUUCUGCUCUCUGUGGGAGAGAUAUUCUCGCGCAUGUACGUUGGUGAUGGUAAUAUAUGAGUAUCUUGCAUUA